UGUUAACCCAAGUUGGUAGGUAACUUUAUGAAGACAUAGUACAAAAUCACCGCCAAAGUGUCUAUUGUAAUUACCACUCCGACAUGACAACACAAACAACUUUCUCUUAUCAAGAUUGCUUCCUACUUAAUGUUACUACAACAAAAUAGUAAUAAUACUUCAACAUACAAAAAAAGAGUACAUUCCCCUCACUAUUUUUUCUUUUUUUCAAGAAUCCAAUUAUGUGGUCAUCAAGCAGUGAUAACAGGGGACUCUCUGCUUCUUCUUCUUCAUCUUCAUCUUCAUCUCAUUCCCCAUUUUCUCCAAGACUCAAAACAAUGGAAGAAGUGUGGAAAGAUAUUAAUCUUUCUUCACUUCAAGAUCACACCACUAAUUACUCCUCUAGAGAUCAUCAUCAUCUUCAUGAUCAUAAUCAUCAAGCUGCUAAUUUUGGUGGAACGAUUUUACAAGAUUUUUUGGCAAGGCCUUUUGCUAAUGAACCUUCACCAGCAGCAGCAGCAGCAGCAACAGCAGCUUCCCCUGUUUCAGCUACAACUAUGCUGAAUUUGAACUCUGUUCCAGAGCUUCAUUUCUUUGAUAACCCAUUGAGGAAAAACUCAAUCUUGCACCAACCAAAUGCAAGUGGAAGAAAAAGGGUUGUCCCUGAAACAGAAGACAAUUCUACAGGGGAUAGAAGAAAUCAGAGGAUGAUCAAGAACAGAGAGUCUGCUGCUAGAUCAAGAGCUAGAAAGCAGGCUUAUAUGAACGAGUUGGAAUCAGAAGUGGCACAUUUAGUUGAAGAAAAUGCAAGGCUCAAGAAGCAGCAGCAACAGUUACGAGUAGAUGCAGCUAAUCAAGUUCCCAAAAAGAACUCUCUUUAUCGGACGUCAACUGCUCCAUUUUGAGAGAAAUAAAAAGGCCUCUUAUUAUAAUUUGGUUUCGUAGUGCUACAUUAGUAUUAAGAACAAUUUCCCAUUUGGCUGUAUUUUGUUUGUAAUAUGCACCAACCGUUGUUCUGAUGGUGGCCUUGUGGGGCGAUGAAUAUUCGUAUGACAAAAUAAGAAGGGAAAAGUAGGUUGUGAAUUAAAGAAAGUGUAGGGCAUUAUUGUUACUCUAUCAAAUAGAAAGACGGUUUAGUCUUUUAUGGCAAUGAAAACAAUCUGCAAUUCCUAUUUCUGUAUCUA